AUAAACAAUUGAGAAAUAGGUAAAAAUUUAUAGGGUAACUUCCACUAAAUCGACGCAUAGCGACGGAGGGAGUGGCAUUUGCUCUCCAUUUCUGCAUCAACAAGCAAAAUUCAACACAUACCCACAAAAUAAUCUCUGCAAAAUCUCUCCAACUUCCCGAUCAUGGAUCCGAACGAGCUGCCUGCGGAAAAUUAUGCGAAUCCGAGGACUUGUCUCUUUCAUGUUCUUUUUAAGGCUGGAGCACUGGCUUUUUACAUUCUUUCCUCUCUGUUUUUCAAUAGCUUUGUUAUCAUCUUCGUGGUGACUGUUUUUCUGGCUGCUCUCGAUUUCUGGGUUGUGAAGAAUGUGAGUGGGCGUAUUUUGGUUGGUUUGAGAUGGUGGAAUGAAAUAGACGAUAUGGGUGAGAGUGUGUGGAAAUUUGAAAGCCUGGAUCAAGAGUCAUUGGCUCGGAUGAACAAAAAAGAUUCCUGGCUGUUCUGGUGGACCUUGUAUCUUACAGCCGUGGCAUGGACUGUGCUGGGAAUAUUCUCGUUGAUAAAAUUGCAAGCAGAUUAUCUCCUUGUUGUAGGAGUUUGUUUGACUUUGAGCAUUGCAAACAUUAUUGGUUUUACAAAAUGCCGUAAAGAUGCGAAGAAGCAGUUUCAGCGAUUUGCAACACAGACCAUUGCUUCCCAGUUCUCCUCUACAUUACAAUCAGCUUUUAGCGUUGUUUGAUGUAAAUGUUCAUAUUAUUUUAGGCAUUAUUAUUGCCUUGGAUUUUGGGCUUCCUUCUCAACUGUUUUUUUUCUUUUUUCUUUUUGGAUACGAAUAUUUAAAGAUUGAAUAAUAAUGAGUUGUUGUAUUCUGAAAAUCCAAUGAAA